AUGGCGACACUUGUUCAUACCCUACGCUCUUCAACCCCUAAAUCUCGUCUCUCUUCCAUCCACCUAUCCUUCCGUCGCCGAUCCCCUGCCGUUGCCUCCUUUUCCGACCAAGUACCGUCGUCAAUUUCAACCACAAUCAAAGACAAUCCUCUCUUAAAGGACUUCAAGUUCCCUCCGUUUGAUGUUAUCGAUGCUUCACAUGUGCGCCCUGGGAUGCGUGCCUUGCUAAAGAAGCUAGACAAUGAUUUGACGGAGUUAGAGAAGACGGUGGAGCCGACGUGGUUGAAGCUGUCGGAGCCGUUGGAGAGGAUAAUUGAUAGGUUGAGUGUGGUUUGGGGAGCUGUUAAUCAUCUCAAGGCUGUUAAAGAUACUCCUGAGCUUCGUUCUGCCAUUGAAGAAAUUCAGCCUGAGAAAAUCGCAUUUGGCAUAAAGUUGGAUCAAAGUAAACCAAUUUAUAAUGCUUUUAAGGCUAUAAAGGAAUCACACGACUGGGCAACCCUAAGCAAUGCUCGUAAACGCAUCGUAGAAUCAUCGAUAAAGGAAGCUGUUCUCAGGGGUAUCUCACUUGAGGCUAAUGAAAGAGAGGAGUUUAAUAACAUUCAACAGGAGUUGGCAAAACUUUCUAAAAAAUAUGGGGAAAAUAUCAUGGAUGCCACAAAGAAGUACCGAAAAUUAAUAACAGAUAAGAAGGAAAUUGAAGGAUUACCUGCUACUGCUCGUGGAUUUGCUGCACAAACGGCCUCGUCUGAGGGUCACGAAAAUGCCACUGCAGAAAAUGGGCCUUGGAUGAUUACAUUGGAUGCUCCAAGCUUUGUGUCUGUUAUACAACAUGCUAAGAAUCGAGCUUUGCGAGAGGAAAUUUAUCGUGUUUAUGUAACGCGUGCUUCAAGCGGAGAUCUAGAUAAUACUCCAAUUAUUGACCAGAUUCUGAAGCUUAGGUUGGCAAAGGCUAAGCUUCUUGGCUAUAAUAACUAUGCAGAGUUAAGCAUGGCAACCAAGAUGGCUACUGUUGGUAAAGCAGAAGAGCUUCUCGAAAAGUUGAGGAGUGCUUCUUGGAAUGCUGCAGUUCAAGACAUGGAAGAGCUCAAAGAGUUUGUCAGAAGUCAAGGUGCUCCUGAAGCCGACGAGCUGACUCAUUGGGACAUUACCUUCUGGAGUGAGAGGCUACGCGAAUCAAAAUACGAGAUACAUGAGGAAGAAUUACGACCUUACUUUUCCUUGCCUAAAGUUAUGGAUGGCCUUUUCAACCUUGUGAAGAUGCUAUUCGACAUUGAUGUUGUACCAGCUGACGGUUUAGCACCGGUUUGGAACACUGAUGUCAAAUUUUACUGCAUCAAGGAUUCAUCAGGCUCCCCGAUUUCAUAUUUUUAUUUUGAUCCAUAUUCUCGUCCAUCUGAAAAACAAGGUGGUGCAUGGAUGGAUGAAGUUUUUGCACGAAGUCGUGUAUGUUCACAUGACAACACCUCUGUUAGGCUACCCGUUGCCCAUAUCGUGUGCAAUCAAAUGCCACCCGUUGGUGACAAGCCAAGCCUUAUGACUUUCUAUGAGGUCUCGACCAUAUUCCAUGAGUUUGGUCAUGCACUUCAACAUAUGCUAACAAAACAAGACGAGGGGCUUGUUGCCGGUAUACGUGGCAUAGAGUGGGAUGCUAUUGAAUUACCUUCACAGUUCAUGGAAAAUUGGUGUUACCACAGGGAUACCCUGAUGGGUAUUGCGAAGCACUAUGAAACUGGAGAGUGUCUCCCUGAAGACAUAUAUCAGAAGCUUCUUGCAGCCAAGACUUUUCGUGCUGGUACACAGAGUCUUUAUCAGCUCAAGUAUGCAAUCCUUGACUUGGAGCUGCAUAGCAAGUAUGUUCCUGGUGGGCCUGAAUCUAUCUAUGAUGUUGAUCAAAGGGUCGGGAAAAUGACUGAAGUGAUUCCUCCAUUUCCGGAGGAUAGAUUCCUCUGUGGUUUUAACCACAUAUUUGCAGGCGCGUAUGCUGCAGGAUAUUACAGUUACAAGUGGGCAGAAGUGUUGUCUGCAGAUGCUUUCUCGGCAUUUGAGGAUGCGGGAUUAAAUGAUUACAAGGCAUUACGAGACACAGGACACAGGUUCAAAGAAACUGUACUUGCUCUUGGAGGCGGAAAACAUCCAUUAGAGGUUUUUAUUGAAUUUCGAGGCCGUGAACCCUCUCCAGAGCCACUGCUCAGGCACAAUGGCCUGGUACAGACAACUGCAUGAACAUCCACAUACCCAUUGUUACCUUCACUCCAAAUGAUGCCUAGAAUAGUUCUAAAGGUUUAUUAGGGGACGGUUCAAAUAAAAAAAGAGCUAAAUAUCAUGAGAACGUAAGAAGGGAAGAUUCAUUUGAAAAUGUAUAUGUGAACCGAUGUUACAGAUUAUUCAUAUGUAUGCAUUUUCAAAUGGACUUUUUUAAUGAUUCACAUAUGAACCUUCACUUCUUACCUUUUCACGAUAUUUAGUCUUCUUAUUUGUAUCUCCCACCAGUUAUGUAUAUAUAUAUAUAUAUAAAUAGUACUCCCUCAGUCUGCAAAACAAGUCCAUUUUAUAGUUUUAGAGGGAGAUUGCUGUUGUAAAAUGAAAUGUAUUCUAGAAUGAUCAUAUUUACAAGGAGAUUGUUUCAUAGUUGCUCAAAGGAAAAGCUACAUACAGAAAUCAUGUAUACAAACUAUCAAAAAAAAAAAUUUUGAUUAACCUGGAUAUCCAACCCGUUAUGCGAGCCGACUAA